CCACAGAUCUCUACAGAUGCUUAGACUGCAUUGGAUCUUGGGUGAUGUGUGAAGGUUGCCUUCAUUCUAACCACUCAAAUCCACAUUUACAUGUGUUUGAAAAAUGGAUGAAUGGUACCUUUAUUGGAUAUCAAUGUGAGAAUUCUGUCUGGUGCUCAGUGAAACAUAAACACUGCCCAAACAAAUAUCAUAAAGACUUGGUUGUCAUUGAUGACAAAGGUCGACAACAUCUCCGUACAAUAGAGUUCUGUGCAUGUGAAGAAGAACCAGUGACAUUGCUAGACUUUAAUCUGUGGCCCUCUUCUCCAAUGUAUCCUAAAAUAGCCUUUCACUUUGACCUACUCAGAUGGCUAAAUGGAUUGAUGCUAGAAAGUCACGUAUCUGCAAAGAGCUUCUGUGAAGCACUCACUGCAAGACUGCCUAAGCACCAAAAGAAGUACACAUCUAAGGAAGAAAAAGAAAUCUACAAAGUUUUAAUGGAAGAAACUAUUAACCAGUUCCGCCACUUCUGCUAUAAAAUGGAUUUCUGUGAGCGGUUUGAAGGGCUUGACAAUGGUUGUAGUUGUCCUGCAUGUUAUCAGACAGACACUCCAUUUUAUUGCUUGGAUGCAGACUUCCAGCUUGUCAGGAAAACUUCCUCUGGGAAAAGCUGGCUUGAUCCAAAACAUUCAGAACACUUUUUUGUGGAGCAAGACAAAGUCGAUGACUUUGUUUCUUCCUAUGAGGAAAAGACUUCAUAUACUAAAACCAAGGAUUGCAGUAACUUCCAAGCAGGAGAUACCUUACGAUCUAAGAAUAAGAAUGCCAAGCUGUCGGAGAAGGCUGUUUUUGGGGCUACAUGUCGUCAUGAUUUCCCUCAAAAAUUUUUCAGCUUAAAACAUGGAGAAAGAUUAGGAUAUGCAAUAUUCCUAUUGGAAAUGUUUAAGGAACAGCAUUCAGGCAAAAGCGUUCACAUUUCAUAUGAUAUCGCCUGUAUCCUAAAGAAACAUCUGGAGAAAACAGGCAAUAAGGAAUUGCUGCAGUCUUUCACCUUCUCUGUUCCAGUUUUCCAUUCCUAUGGUCAUACAGCCUCCUGUCAGAUGAUCAUGAGUCCAAGGCAAACUCUAGGGAAUGGAUUAACUGAUGGAGAAGGGAUAGAGAGACUUUGGUCCUAUCUUGGCCAUUUCUCCUGCAUCACAAAGGAAAUGACUCCGGAAAACAGAACUGAUCUCCUCACCGACGCUCUGAUACACUAUGGUCAAAAGAUAAGAGAAAAGCAAGGUACAAGAGUUGAAAAGUUUUGGGAUGUUUUAGUUAGAAAAUAUGAAAGAGCUACGGACCUUAUGGAGACCAAUCAAAGAGCUCUUGACGAUAUGCUGGAGACAUUUGAAG